CAAUGGGUGGCCCAAUAAGAUUAAAUGUCUAGGGUUUGGGAAUUGGGGAAAACACGAUAUUUUUUUUUCUCAGCCUCGUGAGAGACAGAGAGAGCUUCUGCGAUUAUUCUUCCUCGUAUUCUUCGAUUCUUCUUUCUCAUCUUCGAUUCCUCUUUCUCGUGAUCGAUUCUUCUUCCUCUUCUUCGUUCUUCUUCGGUUCUCCUUCGAUUCCUUCGAUUCUCCUUCGACUUCUGAGGCUAUCUAUGGCCAGAAACAAGCUUUUGUGGUUGUGGGUCGAGUCAUCACUGGCAUAGAAGCAAAACUAAAGCUUCGGGUUAUGGAGUUGUACUUAUCAACAUCGAUGAGGCAGGGACCUUGUUGGUGACAAACUUUCGUAUUCUCUUUUUGAGUGAAGGUACUAGGAAGGUCAUCCCACUAGGAACAAUCCCGUUGGCUACUAUUGAGAAGUUUAACAAAACGAGGUUUCAACUUGGCGGCAUCUCAUGUGGUUCACACUGUUGGCCCAGUCUAUAAUGCCGAGAAGAAUCCUAAGAAACUCUUAGAAAAUGCCUACAGGAACAGUCUAAGAGUGGCUAAGGAGAACAACAUCCAAUAUAUUGCAUUUACGGCCAUAUCUUGUGGAAUUUUCAGAUUUGGAAUGGUCAAGAGGAGCACUCAUCAGUGAGUUCUUGUCUCCAUUUUCUGAGAUGACAAACCUGAUUUCAGGCUCCUCUUACCCUACUGCGAACUUGUAUUUUAUGCAAGUGUGGAAAAUAGAGAGUUGGCUGAGACAUCAUGCGACUUCAGAAGAUGAUACAAUACGUGAGAUGGUGAAGAUCAUGAAGCUAAAAUUCGACAAGUACUGGGAUGACUACAGUGAUAUACUUGCAAUUGCUGCAGUCUUGGAUCCAAGGUUGAAGUUCAAGUGCUUAGAGUAUUGUUAUACCACUCUAAACCCGUCAACAAGCAAGGCUAAGAUGGAUCAUAUCCGUAAGAAGAUGGAGAAGCUAUUUGGAGUGUAUAAGAAGGGUACUAAGACCAGUACUGCAACCACUUCAGAAACCACAAUGGAGAAUAGUCUUCCUGCUGGUUAUGGGGGAUUUUAUGCAUUCAUUACUCAAAAUGCAGGAGAAGGAAAAUCAGCUUUAGACGUUUACUUGGCUGAACCGGCCAUGGAUAUGGUUGCCUUUCCGCAACUAGAUGUCUUGGAAUAUUGGAAAAACAAUAAAGCUCGGUUUAAGGAGUUGUCUCGUAUGGCGUGUGAUGUUCUUUGUAUCCCCAUUACAACUGUAUCUUCAGAGUCUUCUUUUAGUGCUGGAAGCCGGGUCCUUACCAAGUACAGGAGCCGACUACUACCAUCCAAUGUACAAGCUCUCAUCUGUACAAGAAACUGGCUACGCGGCUUUGAACCGAUGAGUGAUUCUGAAGAUGAAAAUGAAGAAAAUGAAGGUGAAUAUGAAGAAGAAGAACAAGAACAAGAAGAUGGUGGAAGAAAGAAGAAGAAGGUGGUGACCAAGUGAAGAAAUGAAACUCUCUUUGUUAUAAAACAAUAUUGUGACUUGUGAACUUGUGAUUUGUGAACUCAUGUAUUUUCACUUUUCAUUGUUGUGUGAACUUGUGUGUUUUUUUAUCACUUUGAACUUAUCUUGUGACUUUAUCUUGUGUGUUUUGUUUUAUAACUUUGAACUUAUCUUAUGUUUUUUA